AGAAAUGUACGAGCACAACUUUCAGAGCCAUCAAUUUUCCUAAAGAGACAGCGAGUUGAGCUUUCACACACGCAAAGACAACAAGAGGAUUCUGAGUUUGGGAUAAAACUAAUACAAUAAAAAUUAAACAAGCUGGACUAUUAUCAAGUUUGGGAAUUGUUUUAUUUUUGUGCACAGUUGCAAGAAACGUCAAAGAGACGAGAUCUGAGAGAUCUGAGUCUGUGCACUUUCUUUACUCAGAGGGCUUCCAGAGAAGACUGGCUUCUAGGAGCUACAAGAGAAGCAGAGGCACAGGCCGGUCCUGAUGGCAGGCUCUCGGGGCUCAGCCAGCACUGGACACUGGCUUUAGGAGCCCACGAGACGUUCACUUCAACCAGGAACAUUUCACAGCUCGUGUGCCCAUGAGGUCGUCGACGCCGGUCCUGCUCUUCCUGAUCAGCGUCCAGGCUGCACUCAACACGGUGGGAAACGCCCACUCACAGGAACCAGCCAAUCAGAACGCAGGAACCCAGGACUCGACCCACGAUGACCUCAUCCCCACAGUUGACCCUAAACUGUUCAGAAAACGGGGUUACCAAUCACCUCGUGUGCUCUUCAGCGACGCAGUGCCCUCCGAUGGCCACACGCCGCCUCGGAGUCUGCGGACACCCCGGAGAGUGCGUGACUUCCAGAACCGUGGAGAAUAUUCGGCCUGCGACAGCGAAAAUCACUGGGUGGGAAACAUGACCCGUGCUACAGACUUAGGGGGAAACGAAGUGAUGGUGCUGCCUGAGGUUCGCAUCAACAACGUGGUCAAGAAGCAAAUGUUUUAUGAAACCACGUGCCGCGUCACAAACCGUGGCCCCACCCACCGAGGGAUGAAGGCGGGAACGACCGGGUGCCGCGGGAUCGAUAACAAGCGCUGGAACUCCUAUUGCACCAACACACACACCUAUGUUCGUGCGCUAACAUCUUUCAAGAAUCAGAUCACCUGGAGAUUUAUCCGAAUUAACGCCGCGUGUGUGUGCGUGGUCAGUCGAAAAUCAUGGAAGCAUUAAUGAAUUCGUGGUUCAUUUGACUUACUUGUUUUCUCAGUGAGUCACGUGAAUCGUUUCAUGAUGAGACCAAUCUGACUGAUUCGUUUUUUUUAGUUACUCAAGUGCAUCAGUGAAUCAAAUUGACGUAGUUUUGGCUCAUCGAUGCGUUUAAGUCGUAAAAAAAAUUUGAAUUGUAGAAAUUCUUCGAUUUGUUGCUUCGCCCGCUCUGUCAAACGGAUCGGCGUUAGAAAAUACAAAUCGCUGAUUCUGUUCACUUGUUUUCUCAAGCGAACCAACAAAUCAGAUUGUCGAAGCGCUAAUUCACGAAAUUCAUCAAACGAAUCAAAUGCAGCAAAAGAAUUGAUCAAAUCAAAUCGGGUCUGUGUGUCCAGAGCAAGCUGUUUUAACAGCAGUUUCUCUAGAUGUGCUGAUUUAGUUUGAUUGUCUGUCUAAACCUCGAACCACCCGUAAACUUCUCCGAAAAAACACCCAUCGUACUGCCAAUUCAGCGUACCAGGCUCCUUCCCCCCGUUUUAUUUUUCUCCACCUACAACACCCCGACCCUGUCCUACCCUACCUCACACUGUAAAUUAUUGGUCUGUUAAAUUAUGAUUGACUGCAUGACAUAUUUAUAUAGUUUAUACAUUCAAAAAUAUUAAAUAUGUAUGUGUAUAUACAGUAUACAUUCAGAAAGCAAGCAUUAUGUUGUGUCAU